AUCAAAUCUGUCAGAAUCCUACCAAUGAGCAGCGGCCAGGACAGCAGCGUCGAGCAAAACAGCAUAAGAAAGUGGAGGCAAGCACAGGGCAGUCAAUGGUCACAAGAUGAUUAUGAAGCCGGCGCGGCAGCCGCUGCGGCUGCUGCUCGCCGCCGUCGCCGCCGCGGCGAUGCUCUCCUUCCUCCUCCUCGUCGCCCCGCCGGACGCGCUCUCCCCGUUCUCCCUCUUCCCCUCCUCGCCCUAUUCCCACCGCCCCAAGCUCCUCUUCCUCCUCGCCGGCCAGUCCAACAUGGCCGGCCGCGGCGACCUCCUCCACCCGCUCCCCGCCCCCUACCUCCCCCACCCGCGCCUCCUCCGCCUCUCCGCCUCCCGCCGCUGGGUCGCUGCCGCGCCGCCGCUCCACGCCGACAUCGACACCCACAAGACGUGCGGCCUCGGCCCGGCCAUGCCCUUCGCGCACCGCCUCCUCGCCGCCGCCGACGGGGAGGGCGUUGUGCUCGGCCUGGUGCCCUGCGCGGUCGGCGGCACCAGGAUCUGGAUGUGGGCCAGGGGGCAGCCGCUCUACGAGGCCGCCGUCGCCCGGACGCGCGCCGCGGUGGCCGACGGCGGCGGGACGCUCGCCGCUGUGCUGUGGUUCCAGGGGGAGAGCGACACCAUCGAGUUGGACGACGCGCAGUCCUACGGCGGCAAGAUGGAGCGCCUCGUCGCCGAUCUCAGGGCCGAUCUCGAAUUGCCCAAUCUGCUCGUCAUCCAGGUUGGUCUUGCAUCAGGUGAGGGAAAUUACACUGACAUUGUGAGAGAAGCUCAGAAAAAUAUCAACCUUCCUAAUGUCCUUCUUGUCGAUGCUAUGGGUUUACCACUCAGAGAUGAUCAGUUACACCUCUCCACAGAAGCUCAACUCCGGCUUGGUAGCAUGCUGGCCGAAGCUUAUUUAGAAUUUAACUCAUCUAGAGGUUCCAUGCUAUAGCGUCGAUAACACUGUCGGAUUUCAUUAGUUGUAGAGUGAAAAACAAAUACCAUCAUUCUUUCAAAUAUUUCGUUGUAGAGUGUAGAUCAUUGUACAAGAGCGAUCUACCCAGGAAUGCACUGUACAAUAAUGAACGAUUUAACUGACAUGUUGUAAAUUACAGGGGAAAGGAUUGUUCCUAUUGAUUGAAGAGCAUUUGUACUGGGAUAUUGGUACUAUUCCCAACAAAUUUGAUCUUGACUUACCCAUUAUAAUUGGUCAUAUGAUAUUGACUGUUACCACA